AUGACGUCCUUCUUUGGUGCCAUUGUCAAGUCCAUCAUUCUGCCGAAGCCUAGCCCGAGCUACGGCACGAGCGACCAUCUUGGCAAGCUGCUUCACAUCCCUAGGGUUGAAUGGCGAACACGUAAAGAGAAUGGCAGUUUCACCUACGGGUUGUUACUUCUCGACCCGACAGCAAAGUACAUUGUCAUUUAUGCUCACACGAAUGCAGUUGACAUGGCCAUGAUGGUGGAAGAGCUUUCUUACUUUAGUAAACGUGCCUCUACAUCGGUGUUGCUUUUUGAGUACACCGGCUACGGCAUCUCACACGGCGAUACGACCGAGCAUUCCAUGAACGAGGAUAUGCUCUCCGCGUACUGCUACGCUCUUCGACAUCUUCAUGUACCACCCAAUCGAAUUGUUCUCAUGGGCCGCUCUAUUGGAACAGGUCCUGCCGCACAGCUGUGUGCUAGUUUACAGGACGAAUGUGAAACACCCGCGUUGUUGGUGUUGCAGUCUCCUUUUACUUCACUGAAGGGGUGCGCCAACGAAAUUACAAGGAACGUCGGCUCCAUUGUGAGCUUUCUAGGCUAUGACUGGUUUCGCACGAUUGAUGUGAUUCCACAGGUUCGUUGUCCUAUCAUCAUCCAGCAUGGCGUACUGGACGAUGUGGUGCCGUUUGAGCACGCCGAGCGGCUGAAGCGGGCCAUUGAGGAAGCCUCCCCACCCGGGUUUGUUGAGUUGUACGUGGAAAAAAUAUGCAAACACAACGAUCUCCCUAUUGCAAGCGUGGCGCGUAUUGUCGACAAGAAGCUUCGGGAGUUUGGACAGGAGCGGUGCCUCCAGAUCAAAUGUCGAACUUACUUAACGGUGAACCCACCCAUUUAUGAGUAUCUUUUUUGCUUAGACGGAAAACGAAUUACGACUGUGGAUGCGUUGCUCCGGCAUUGGAAUGAGCAUUUAUCCAUCGGCUCAUUUGCAUAUAAGAGAGAAAAGUUGUAUAUUCUUCUUGUCGCCAGCGUGGCACUGUUUGCGAUGCGUUGUGCACGGGUGUGGCAAUGCUACACAGGGAGCUGGAAGAGGCAACACAGCGAGGAGGGAAUCGGGGAAGGGUCUCAUUGUGGCAAAGAGGAAAUCAUCAACCGAUACCUAGCAUGCCGGGGAAGUCCUUUGGGUGUAUUUUUGGGCUUGGAGGGUAAACCCGUGUUGCAUAAGUUUUUUGGUGUACAUGUAGCUGCGGGUGCGGCACAGGGAGUGGAUGGGGGAGGUCCACCAUGUAUUGUUUACGAAGAUCGAGCAACUUACUUAAGUGUGGCGGAGUUGGAGUUUACUUCCGGCCUGAUGAAAAGUGUUGUUGCCGCAGUCUCCACCGCCCCUACUCUCACCGAGGCGGAAGAGUCUGGGAAUCAUGUUUUUCUUCAGCAGUGUAUCGUGACACGCAUACAGACCGAGUGUGAACGCCUUGUGGCUUUUCUCGAUGACAAUGAGUGGAACAAUUUACUUUUCCUUCUUUUGAACUUUGAUGAGACGGCCACAACGUUCAUAAGUAGUAAGGCACUGCACUUUUACAAUGAAUACACUUCCCUAGCAGGGGAUGGCGGUGAAGGCAGGAGACAUAAGAAGAAGGAGUCCAUUGUAGACGUGGAGGAGUGGCUACGGCCGUGGAUCACAAGCCCAAACGCACAGACGUGCCUUGGUGGGGAGGUACCGUGGGAUUAUUAUUUGUUUAAGGCACGUGUCUGUGUGCAGGAGGAAUAUGAAUUACGGGCGUCCACAAGCUGGACGGAGGCAAGGCGAAUUGUGGACGCCUGGUUGGUGGUGGCUGAAAUUCACCGCCUGUUCAAGACGUACUCAGGUCGAUGUCUCCAUCCCGCAUUUACUGCCGCCUAA